AUGGCUGCUCCGCCUGGGGUGCCGCCGAUGCGGGUGCUGGAGGAGGCGCUGGGCAUUGACUUGUCGCCCACGGGCGACGCGGCAGAGGCGGUGGCCGCCGAGGGCGCCUACUACCUGGAGCAGGUGACCCUGACUGAGGCUUCUGAAGAUGAGUGUGAAUACGAGGAGAUUCCAGAUGACAAUUUCAGCAUUCCAGAAGGCGAAGAAGAUCUGGCAAAAGCAAUUCACAUAGUUCAAGAGCAGGCUACAGACGUUCAGAUUCUGGAGCAGAAAACUGUUCUUCCUUCAAGGCAUGUAGUACACGAAGCCAUAGAAGACUUUCUCUGUAAUUUCCUGAUCAAAAUGGAAAUGACCAGAACUCUGGACUGCUUUCAGGCCGAAUGGUAUGAGUUAAUACAGAAGGGAGAAACUGACCUCAGAGCCCUUGGGAAUGUUCCAGACGUCUACAGCCAGGUGAUGUUUUUAGAGAGUGAGAACAAAAACCUGAAGAAAGAUUUGAAACGUGUCAAACAGGCAGCUGAAAGGGCCAGAGAGGAUCUGCUGAAAACACAGAAGGAACGGGACUUCCAUCGCAUGCACCAUAAGCGUAUAGUGCAAGAGAAGAACAAGCUGAUCGCAGACCUGAAAGGGCUGAAAUUACAUUAUGCAUCUUAUGAACCAACUAUUAGGGUGUUACAUGAGAAGCACCAUGCGUUACUGAAGGAGAAAAUGCUGACCUCCUUGGAAAGAGAUCGAGCUGUUGGGAAGAUUUCUGGGCUUCAAGCAACACUGAAGAACAUAGACAUCAGACAUAUUCAGGUUCCUGUAAUCAAAGGUAACCAUGAGAUUGCUUCUGUCUCAGGAGAUCUGGGAGACAGAGUUGGUCACACUUGUGAGAAAGAAAACAAGUCCGAAGGCCCUACUCAGAAAUGCCUUCGUGAAGCCAGGGAAGAAAAUGGGCAUAAAACAAAGAUGAAGAAUGGUAAAAAGGAUUCAGAAUUUCCCACAGAUAUGCAACCAGAUCCAAACUUGAGUGCCUGCAAAGAAAACCUUUGUCCAGCAAAAUUUGACUACAAGUUAAACAACAUUUUUAGACUUCAUGAACUCCCAGUGAGCUGCAUCGUCACGCACCCCUGCAAGGACAUUCUGGUCUCCUGCAGUGAGGAUCGCCUCUGGAAGAUGGUGGGCCUCCCAAAGGGCAAUGUACUUCUUACAGGAUCUGGCCACACUGACUGGCUGUCAGCCUGCUGCUUUCAUCCCAGUGGCAACAAGUUGGCUACUUCAAGUGGUGAUUCCACAGUUAAAUUAUGGGACCUUUCAAAAGGCGAAUGCAUGCUGACCUUCGAAGGACACAACCACGCAGUAUGGUCCUGCACAUGGCACUCUAGUGGUGACUUUGUGGCCUCUGCCUCACUGGAUAUGACGAGUAAAAUCUGGGAUGUCAAUAGUGAACGGUGCAGAUAUACAUUAUAUGGACACACCGAUUCUGUGAACAGCAUUGAGUUUUUCCCCUUCUCCAACACUCUUCUCACUGCUUCUGCAGACAAGACCUUGUCUGUGUGGGAUGCACGUACAGGUAAAUGUGAGCAGUCUCUGUAUGGUCACAUGCAUUCCAUCAAUGAUGCUACCUUCACAUCUAGGGGUCACAUAAUAGCAUCCUGUGAUGCCCGUGGAGUUACGAAGCUGUGGGACUUCCGGAAGCUCAUUCCAAUUGUGUCCAUUGAUGUGGGUCCAAGUCCUGGCAAUGAGGUGAACUUUGACUCAACAGGUCGAGUUUUAGCUCAGGCGAGUGCCAACGGAGUAAUCCAUUUACUGGAUCUUAAAUCUGGACAAAUUCACAAACUGGUGGGCCACGAGAGUGAGGUCCACACUGUGGUGUUUUCCCGUGAUGGGGAGAAUCUGUAUUCUGGAGGUUCUGACGGCACCGUUCGAUUGUGGUUCUGA